GAGAGAGAGUUGUCCCCAUUCGACCACGAUGUCUACUAAGCAUUGGAAAGUCAAUCAUCAGUAGUUGAAUUGAGUAUUCAACAACGGUCUGAUAAGCCCACAAAACAACUUGAUCCAUAGUCCAAACCCUUGAUCCAUAACUAAAGUAGCCAUUCGUAGAAACAACACAGAGAGAAAGAAAAAGAAGAGAAAAGAAGAGUGAAAGAGACGGAGACACAAACAGACCUUAAUUUACAGACUAUAAGACCCUCGUUUCAAGAAUUCUCUGAAAAACCCUAAUUAUGUACGUAUUCACAUGACUCUCUGAAGCAUUUAUAUAUAUAUAUAUACACACACACACAUAUAAAUUAAAAUAAUUUCGCAAUCAUGAUCAAUACUACCAACACCGUGAUGUCUUCGUCGUCAUCGGCGGCCAACAACGCACAAUCGCCUGGUCUCAAAACUUAUUUCAAAACUGCAGAAGGCCGUUACAAGCUCCAUUACGAAAAGACUCACCCUGCAGGACUCCUCCAUUAUGCCCAUGGAAAGACCGUCACUCAGGUAACCAUAGCUUGUCUCAAGGAUAAGCCUGCAAUGGCACCGCUGCCAACAUCAUCGUCGAGCAUUGGUGUAAGCAGUGGUGUGAGAUCAGCAGCGGCAAGGUUCUUAGGUGGUGGGAAUGGUAGUCGGGCAAUUAGUUUUGUAGGAGGGAAUGUUGGCAGUAGGUCUGUAACUGGGGCUAGUAGAGUUGGAUCCUUGGGGGCUUCAAGUUCGAAUAAUUUGAUGGGCACUUCAAAUUUUGAUAGCAAAGGGACUUACUUGAUAUUCAAUGUUGGUGACACAAUUUUCAUUAGUGAUUUGAAUUCUCAAGAUAAGGAUCCUGUAAAAUCUAUACAUUUUAGUAAUUCCAAUCCUGUUUGCCAUGCAUUUGAUCCUGAAGCUAAGGAUGGGCACGAUUUGGUUAUUGGGUUGAAUUCUGGAGAUGUCUAUUCAGCCUCACUAAGACAUCAAUUACACGAUGUCGGAAAGAAGCUUGUUGGCGCUCAGCAUUACAACAAAGAUGGUUGUGUUAAUAAUAGCCGUUGUACUAGUAUUGCAUGGGUGCCUAAUGGUGAUGGCGCUUUUGUUAUUGCCCAUGCAGAUGGAAACUUGUACGUGUAUGAAAAGAGCAAAGAUGGUUCUGGUGAUCCUUCAUUCCCAGUUAUAAAGGACCAGGCUCAGUUUUCCGUUGCACACGCACGAUACAGUAAGAACCCCAUUGCAAGAUGGCAUAUUUGCCAAGGUUCAAUUAAUAGCAUUGCUUUCUCAACAGAUGGGGUUCAUAUUGCAACUGUUGGAAGGGAUGGUUAUCUACGGGUAUUUGACUACAAAAAUGAACAACUUAUAUGCGGAGGCAAAAGCUAUUAUGGUGCUUUAUUAUGUUGCGCUUGGAGCAUGGAUGGAAAAUACAUUUUGACUGGAGGUGAAGAUGAUCUAGUUCAAGUUUGGAGUAUGGAAGACCGGAGGGUUGUAGCAUGGGGGGAGGGACACAACUCGUGGGUCAGUGGAGUGGCUUUUGAUUCAUAUUGGUCAUCUCCAAAUUCAGAUGGCGUAGGGGAAAAUGUCAUGUACCGGUUCGGUUCUGUUGGUCAGGACACACAAUUGCUUUUGUGGGACCUAGAAACAGACGAGAUAGUAGUGCCACUUCGCCGCCCUUCUGGAGGCUCCCCCACUUUCAGCACCGGAAGUCAGUCAUCCCACUGGGAUAAUGCUUGCCCUGUGGGUACUCUACAACCCGCUCCGAGCAUGCGAGACGUUCCCAAGCUUUCCCCGUUGGCUGCACACCGCGUUCACACUGAACCCCUCUCUGGUUUGAAAUUUACUCGAGAAUCUGUCCUUACUGUCUGCCGAGAGGGGCACAUAAAAAUCUGGAUGAGACCUGGCUUUGCCGAAAACCAAUCAGGCAACUCUGAAACUCUGUUGAGUACCAGUUUGAAGGAGAAACCUUUGUUGUCUGGAAAAGUUGGCAGUUCUAGUUAGAACUAAGAAGUUAGACCAAAUAGUUAUUAGAUUUGAGGAAGAGGCAAAGCCAAAGUUUUUUUUGUGGAGUUUCAUUUCUGUUGGUUUUACUCAGGAGGGACGCUUCGUCGACAUGAUUAUUAUGCUGGGAGAUUAACCAAGAGAGAGUAUCAUUAUUUCAGGGACAAAAAUGCCAUUGUUAGCAUGAGAAGAUAGUGUCACCACCUUUUAAGUACGAAAGGCUGUCCGUAGGAGAGAUUGUAUGACUGAUGAGAAUAAUGGAAGUUGUUUCAUUGAAAUUUGUAAUUUACAGAGUUCUUCUGUGAUCGUUUCUUUUUUCUGCUA